UUUUUUUCCAGGAAUAUUUGAAAGAUUUUUAUAGCUACAAGAUAGAGGACAUUCCAACAACAAAAAUGGAAACCAGUAGAAACUUCCUAGAGAAAAAAAUCCAGGAAAUGCAGAAGUUCUUUGGGCUGAAAGUGACGGGGCAGCUGGACUCGUCUACUCUGGAAGUGAUGCACACCCCUCGGUGCGGCGUGCCGGACGUGCAGGACUUCCGAACGCAGCCGAGGAGGCCCGCGUGGAACAAACACCACCUCACCUACAGAAUCCAUAAUUACACCCCUGACCUGAAGAAGGAGGAGGUUGAUUAUGCCAUCCAGAAAGCUUUUCAAGUGUGGAGUGACGUAACGCCCUUGAAAUUCAGAAAGAUUUAUACAGGCAAAGCUGACAUUGUGAUACUUUUCGCACACAGAGAACAUGGUGACUUCAGUCCUUUUGAUGGCAGAGGUGGGGUCUUGGCCCACGCUUACGGACCAGGCUCUGGUAUUGGAGGAGAUGCACAUUUUGAUGAGGCAGAAAUAUGGAGCAAAAAUUUCAAAGGCAUAAACUUGUUCCUUGUUGCUGUUCACGAGCUUGGUCAUUCCCUGGGACUCGGUCAUUCCAAAGACCCAAAGGCAAUAAUGUUCCCCAACUACCGCUACAGUGACCUUAACACAUUCCACCUCUCUGCUGAUGACAUACGAGGCAUUCAGUCCCUCUACGGAGUCCCACAGGCUUACGAAUCCAAGCCAAGACCUGACAGUCAAGGACCAGAUGCCUGCCACCCUAACUUGAGUUUUGAUGCUGUCACUACAAUGGGAGAUAAAAUCCUUUUCUUUAAAGACCGGUUCUUCUGGUGGAGGAAUCCCGAGAGGCCAGCCACCGGAGUUAGUUCCAUUCAGUCCAUGUGGCCACCCUUACCAGCCGGCAUUCAAGCUGCUUAUGAAAUUAAAGCCCAAAACCAAAUUUUUCUUUUUAAAGAUGACAAGUACUGGUUAAUAAGCGAUUUAAGACCAGAGCCAAACUAUCCCAAGAGUAUAUAUUCUCUGGGCUUCCCCACAUCUGUGAAAAACAUUGAUGCAGCUCUCUUCAACCCACUGUACUAUAAAGCCUACUUCUUUGUGGGUAACCAAUAUUGGAGGUAUGAUGUGAAGAGACAGGCCAUGGACCCCACUUAUCCCAGGCUGAUUAGCACAUACUUCCCCGGGAUUGAAAACAAAAUUGAUGCAGUCUUCUAUUUCAAAAGACACUACUAUUUCUUCCAAGGACCUAAUCAACUUGAGUACGAUACCCAACUGCAUCAAAUCACCAAAAGGCUGAAGAGCAACAGCUGGUUUGGAUGUUAGGAAGGAUGUAACUAGUGGUAUUUGUCAACCGCUUCAGUUGAAGAAGUAUUUAUUGCGUAUUUACACUAUUCUCAGGGUAACUACUACAUUGUGAUAUGUAUCAUAAGACAAAGUCAACCUAUAGCUUAUGCUUGUGUAUUUGAAUAAUUACAUAAAAUACAAACCAGUAAUUUCAAUU